CUGCAGCUCUCUGAUGUCUGCCUUCCUGAAAAUGGGCCAGCGUCUCUUUCACUUUUGAAGAACCGUUUCCUACCUAAGGAGCCUUGUUCAAGGACACAUCCUCCAGUGGACCCCGUGGAAGAGUAGGGUCUCCUCUAUCAUUUCUGAUCAAAUACCCAUUCCCAGAGCAGAAAUGUCUGGAAGAGACAAGAAGCCACUGGCCUCCAGCUUGGGACUACAGAAGAGAGUCUUGAAGCAAUAAGAACACAAGUAUCAGAGAAGUGGUAUCCAAGGGCUCCAUCACCAUGGGAAAAUCUCAGUCCAAGCAGAAAAGUGACACAAAGGUGGCUCAGUAUGAUGAUCCAGAGGUCCUGUACACUAAAUUCGUAAUGCAGAAACAUACUGAGGUGAAGCAGAUGAGGCACAGACCCAGGCCAAAGAGGGACUCUUUGCUAGAAACAUUUCUAGAAUUAUCUAUGAAGGAAGUAGAAGAGGCUCUUUACUCUGUACAGUCAUUGAAAGAGGAGAAUUUGUUCCAAAAUUUCACAAGGCUACUACUCUUCCAAAAAUUGUGCCCAAGAGGCUCAGAGAACUUGGACAGGAAAAGCUGGCAUCCAUGUGUACCAGAAGAAGGAGGACAUGUUAUUGAGAUCCAAGACUUAUUUGGACCAAACUUAGAUAUACAGAAAAAGCCUCAGUUGGUCAUAAUAGAGGGGGCUGCUGGUAUUGGGAAGUCAACACUGGCCAGGCAGGUGAAGAGAGCCUGGACCAAAGGUGAGCUCUACGGGUAUCGCUUCUGGUGUGUCUUCUUCUUCAGCUGCAGAGAGUUGGCCCAGCACAAGCAGCUGAGUCUGACUGAGCUCAUAGCACAAGGCCAAGAAAUACCCACGGCUCGCAUCAAGCAGAUCUUGUCUCACCCUGAGAAGCUGCUCUUCAUCUUGGAUGGCAUAGAUGAGCCAGCAUGGGUCUUGGAGAAGCAGAAUCCAGAGCUAUGUCUUGACUGGAGUCAAACACAGCCUGUGAACACACUGCUGGGCAGUUUACUAGGGAAAUCUAUUCUUCCUGGGGCCUCCUUCCUGCUCACAGCUCGGACCACAGAUCUACAGAAGCUCAUUCCUUCCUUGGAGCAGCCAUGUUGGGUGGAAGUCCUAGGUUUUACUGAGUUUGAACGUGAGAACUACUUCCACCAAUAUUUUGCAAAUACAACAGAUGCAGUUACUGCUUUUAGAUUUGUUAAAUCUAACCCAGUGCUCUUGACCCUCUGUGAGGUUCCCUGGGUGUGCUGGCUGGUCUGCACCUGCCUGAAAAGGAAGGCAGUGCAAAGGAGAGACCUUUCAUUGACCUCACAGACCACCACAACACUCUUCCUGAAAUACAUUUCCCAAACAAUUUCAGGUCAGCACCUGAAGACCCAACUCAGAGCCCUCUGCAAACUGGCUGCUGAGGGGAUCUGCCAAAGAAGUACCCUGUUCAGUAAAAGAGACCUCUGUAAGCAAGGGUUAGCAGAGGAUGCCAUUGACACUUUCCUGAAGAUUGGUGUCCUUCAAAAGAAGCCCAGCUCUUUGAGCUACAGCUUUGUCCAUUUGUAUCUCCAGGAGUUCUUUGCAGCCAUAUCCUACAUUUUGGAGGAUAGUGAGGAAAGACAUGGUAAUAAGGACAAUGAAAGAAUUGUGGAAACACUGAUAGAACAUUAUGGAAAACAAAACCUAUUUGAGGCACCCACUAUGCGCUUUUUGUUUGGCCUUUUGAGUAAAAAGGGAUGGAAAAAAGUGAAAAAGUACUUUUACUCCAACUUUUCUAGGAAGACAAAGUUGAAGCUGCUAUGGCACAUCCUAGCAAAAACCCAACCCCAUCAACCACCUUGUCUGGGUUUGCUCUACUGUCUGUAUGAAAAUCAGGAAAAGGAGCUCCUGACACACGUGAUGCAUAAUUUUCAAGGAACAAUAGUGCCUGGCCCAGAUGAUAAGGCACACACAGUGUUACAGACAAACAUGAAUCACCUCGUGAUACAGACAGACAUGGAUCUCAUGGUAGUUACUUUCUGCAUUAGGUUCUGCUCUCAUGUAAGGAGUCUUCGGGUGAAUAUGGGAAGACAACAAGGAUAUGCACUGACUGCCCCAAGUAUGGUUCUAUAUAAACGGACCCCGAUCACUAAUACCAAUUGGAACAUUUUCUUCUCCAAUCUUAAAUUCACAAGAAACCUGGUGAAUCUAGACCUAAGUGGAAAUCUACUGAGCUACUCUGCAGUACAAAGUCUCUGUACAACCCUUAGACAUCCUAACUGCCAACUGAUGACCUUGUGGCUUGUUGACUGUGGCCUCACAUCCACAUACUGCUCACUCUUGGCCUCAGUGCUCAGUGCCCGCUCCAGCCUGACUGAGCUAAACCUGCAGCUGAAUGACCUGGGUGACGAUGGUGUGAUGGUGCUGUGUGAGGGGCUCAGGAAUCGUGCCUGCAACCUCCUCAUCCUGUGGCUGGACAAGGCCUCUCUCAGUGACCAGGUGACUACAGAGCUCAGGACCUUGGAGGCAAAGAAUCCAAAGCUGUUCAUUGUCAGCAUACGGGAGCCACAUAUGAUGGUCCCUUCUACAAACAUGGAUAAAGAAGUGAGUGAUAGCCCAGCCUUACUGAAGCAGCAGAGACAGCAGUCAGGAGACAAACACAUGGAACCUCUGGGGACUGAUGAUGACUUCUGGGGCCCUACAGGACCUGUGGCUACUGAAGUGGUUGACAUAGAGAGGAACCUGUACCGAGUGCAGUUGCCCAAGGCUGGUUCCUACCACUGUCCCAGCACAGGACUCCACUUUGUGGUGACAAGGGCAGUGACAAUCGAGAUUGAAUUCUGUGCCUGGAGCCAAUACCUGGAGAAGACUCCCUUGCAACAGAGUCUCAUGGUGGCUGGACCUCUGUUUGACAUCAAGGCUGAGCAAGGAACUGUGACUGCAGUCUACCUCCCUCAUUUUGUGUCACUCAAAGGCAACCAAGAGGAAACAGUGGACAUCUCCUUGUUCCGUGUUGCCCACUUUCAAGAACAUGGGAUGGUCCUAGAAACGCCAGCCAGGGUGGAACAGCAUUAUGCAGUACUGGAAAACCCAAGCUUCUCCCCAGUGGGAAUUCUUCUGAGACUGAUUCCUGCUGUUGGACACUUCAUCCCCAUCACUUCCAUCACACUGAUCUACUAUCACCUCUAUCUCGAGGACGUCACCUUUCACCUUUACCUGGUCCCCAAUGACUGCACUAUUCGGAAGGCCAUUGAUGAAGAAGAAAUGACAUUUCAGUUUGUGAGAAUAAACAAGCCACCCCCGGUAGAUGCUCUUUAUGUUGGUUCCCGCUAUGUUGUGUCUGGCUCUGAAACGGUGGAAAUUAUCCCUAAGGAACUGGAGCUGUGCUACCGAAGCCCCGGGGAGUCCCAGCUCUUCUCUGAGAUCUACGUUGGACACAUGGAUUCAGAGAUUAAGCUGCAAAUCAGAGACAAGAGGCACAUGAAUCUCAUAUGGGAGGCCUUGCUGAAACCAGGGGACCUCAGACCCACACUGCCCAGGAUUGCUCCAGCCCCCAAAGCUGCUCCUUCCUUGCUACACUUCACGGACCAGCAUCGGGAGCAGCUGGUGGCCCGAGUGACAUCAGUGGACCCUCUGUUGGACAAGCUGCAUAGUCAGGUGCUGAGUGAAGAUUCCUAUGAGGCAGUGCGGGCUGAGACCACAAAUCAAGACAAGAUGAGGAAGCUCUUCAGCCUCAGUCGAUCCUGGAACUGGGAUUGCAAAGACCAAUUUUACCAAGCUCUGAAGGAGACCCAUCCUCACCUGGUCAUGGACCUCCUUGAGAAGUCAGGUGGGGUCUCUGUUAAACCCACACAUCCUAGUUGCUGAAGGGUGAGCACUCUCAUUAGAGUUCUGGCUCUGCCUGGCCUUCCUUUGGUCCUCAGUUUCUCCAUCUGCAACCAAUGGCCAUCUGAGUUACCUUUCUUGUGGCAGUGCUUCCAUAGCAUUUAUUGGUGAUCCAUAUGAUCCCUUUCAACCUUCCCCAGCCAUGUGUUCAUGUGAGGUGAGCAUCUCAGAAAACAUCCAUUGGAGCCAGCAAGUCUAUCCAGGCCUUGUCCAACCUGCUCUGAUGGUCAGAGUGACCAGCCUCAAGCCAACCUGACCCUCCACAAUACAAGCAGGAUGGAGAUCCUGAGAAUGGAAGCAAAGAGGUGAUGGUUCUCCCUGGGAAGUGAAUGUCUUAUGGAUAGGAAAGGAACAGGGCUUUUAAAAUGCAUGUUAUCUGGUCAAACAGAGAUGUAGGGAAGUCACAGGGUACAACAUGGGACUCACUGCCAGAAACACCUCAGAUUCAGUGCACAUUGUGAAUUAAUCUUGGGCAGCUGCAUUUGCACAAGCCUUCUGUCCUUGUGAUGAAUUUGCAAGCCUCACAUUGGUUACAUCAUCCCCUAUGAAGGUGGGACUCACGACUACAAGGCUUUACCUCUGGAUCACACUCUGCAUCCCUCGCUGGCAGACCCAUGGACAGAGCAGUUAGCUAGCUUCCCAGUGUCUCCCAUCUUUCCUCAUGACUCUGCAGGUGGGCCAGCUCUGCUGUGUGCAUCUCUGCACCUGUUUCUCUUUCCAAACACAGUAUUUUCCUAGUUCUAAAUCAUUCCCUUUACUGGGUCACAGGCAGGUAGUUUGGUCCAGACUUAUUAUCCAAAAAUUAUCUAGGAUUUUUAGUGGACAAGAGAUAAUUCCAAGUUUCAUAUUCUCUUUUUGCAAUAUUGACUUCAUCAGGAAUUUAGAAAUAACUUAAAAUUAAACAAAUAAGAUAAUU